AUGCACCUUGGAGGCAAUUUAGGGCGUUCUAGGCGGCGGUCGCGUGGUAAAUCGCCUCGUCUCUUAGAAGAGAGGCGUAAACAAGUUAAGUUAAAAAUGCGAAGCGCACGCAUUGCCCUAAGUCGGCUUUGUAAUGUCUCCACUAUUGAAGCCCUUAAUUGGGGGUGUGUCGGUGAAAAGGGGCCUAUUCCUCGGAUACUCCUUGGGCUUCAUCUCGACAGCCUCGAUGCGUCUAUAAUUCGGCAUGGCGUCAAGCGCGGCCCACUUUGCGCGGACAAAGCUGGCCAUGCGCAUCUCCAUCUCGAGGUGCUGUGCGCGCUUGAGCUUGCCGUACUUGAUCAUCUUGGCGCGCAGCUCGGCGCGCUCAGCCUCGGACUUCUUCGGCGGAGGCAUCACGGGUCGCAGCAGCGACGUCAGCUGCUUCUCUAUCCCCGUGGACUGUCCGCUGAAGUCGACGGAGCGGCCGGCUUCCCCGCCGCCCUUCUGCGCGGCUUUCUUCGCCGCAGCCUGCUUGGCCUUGCUGCCCACGCUCGCAAACGCACGCAGCUGACGCAUCAUCGUACGGGCGUGGGACGGGUUGGCAUGAAAGCACGCGAGCGUCGUGGAUUAUGGAGACGCUUCCGCGAUCCUGGCGGGGCGGUGGUUGCAACACGGCCGGAGGUGGCCUGGAUUUGA